UGGGGUGAGUGGGUGGGAGGAGAGCAGAGGUGUCUGGGUGGGGAGGGGUGAGUUUAAUGGGGAGAGACAGGGCAGACUGGAUUUAUUUCGGAGGACGUUUUCCUCCAGUGCACUGGAAUCUGGGAAGGUUGUGGAUUUCUGCGCUGGUGAGUGUUACAUUAUAACGUUAUUAUGUAAUGCAAUGGCGGGGGGGGCCUCCUUAUAAUUUAGGAUCAUGUGACCGGGGACAGGUAGUGGUGCUGUGAAUGAAUCCUGAGCACAAAAGACAUUCCUCCUCCUGUUGUAUGGCGGCUGAGAUGUAGUAGAGCUGGUUUCCAAUUCAGUUAUUAAUAUCAGUUAUCAGAAAUGUGACCAAUUCGGCUCCGCUAUGUCUGCGUUACAACUAACGCAAAACUUUACCAUCCGAUCUGCCGUAUGCAUUGGAAUCGCGUGUGUCGGACAACAUUGUGGGAAUAGCUAUUCAGGGUACCCACGCUUAGCUGGCCAUCAUGACGGUGACCUACACGGCCCGCGUUGCGAAUGCCCGCUUUGGUGGCUUUUAUAAGCUCCUGCUGCUGUGGAGGGGGAGUAUAUACAAGCUGUUAUAUAAGGAGUUCCUGGCGUUCUUCAUCAUGUAUUCGGCCCUCAGUAUAACAUACAGGUUCUUUCUGUCUGAAGACCAGAGACGAUGCUUUGAGAAAGUGUCGCUUUACUGCAAUACGUACGCCAAUCUCAUCCCCGUCUCCUUCGUGCUAGGUUUCUAUGUCACCCUAGUAGUGAACCGCUGGUGGAAUCAGUACCUCUGUAUGCCCUUCCCGGACAAGCUCAUGUGCGCCAUCACUGCCACCGUGCACGGGUCGGACGAGCGGGGCAGGAUGUACCGCAGGACGCUGAUGCGUUACUGCAGCAUGUCCGGCCUGCUGAUCCUGCGCUCUGUCAGCACUGCUGUAUUCAAGAGGUUCCCUACUAUAGAUCACGUGGUGGAAGCAGGGUUUAUGACUCGUCAUGAGAGGAAGAAGUAUGAGAACCUGCGCUCCUCAUAUAACAAAUACUGGGUUCCCUGUGUGUGGUUCUGUAGUCUGGCAGCCCAGGCGCGGAGCGAGGGCAGGAUCCGCGAUGACCACGCGUAUAAAUUGCUCCUACAGGAGUUAAACGCUUUUCGUGGGAACUGCAGCAUGCUCUUCCACUACGACUGGAUCAGCAUUCCACUUGUGUACACUCAGGUCGUGACCCUCGCUGUAUACAGCUACUUUCUGACGUGUCUGAUUGGACGGCAGUUCUUGGACCCCACCCAGGGUCUCAGCGGCAACGACCUGGACCUCUACGUCCCGGUCUUCACCCUCCUGCAGUUCUUCUUCUAUGCCGGGUGGCUGAAGGUGGCCGAGCAGCUGAUCAAUCCCUUCGGGGAGGACGACGAUGACUUUGAAACCAACUUCUUGAUCGACAGGAAUUUCCAGGUGUCCAUGCUGGCCGUGGACGAGAUGUAUGGAGACGUUCCUUUCCUGGUGAAGGAUCGGUACUGGAAUGACUCCGAACCCCAGCCUCCUUACACGGCUGCCACGUUAUUCCAGAAACACCAGCCUUCCUUCCAAGGAUCCACCUUCGACAUGGCGCUGGCUAAGGAGGACAUGCAGUUCCAGCCUCUAUCGGACAUUGAGGAGAUGAAUGAAGAGACCUACAGCCAUCCCUUCCCUCUCUUCAGCCGCCUGCUCCCAGGUGUGGGGCCUUCUCCGCUCUCCUCUUCUGCUGCGCUCACUGCUCCAUUCAUGGCCCCCGGGAGCCGUAUGACUCUACUGAGACGAUCGACCAGCUCGGCCUCCCAGUCUUCUGACAGCCUGUAUCCAGAGAGUCAAGAAGACCCGACACAGGGCGAGACCCUCCCGCAUCCCGAGACGCGACCCCCUGACGUCCCAGUCCAGACCCUAUUCCAGGUGGAAUCCCAGCGUUCCUUCUUCCCCCACAGUGAGCUUACUGCCCCCAUAGCAGAAGCCACUGCUGCCCCCCAAGAGGUGGAGGCCAACACCUUAUCCGAGGCCUUGUAAUGAGGAUUGUAUUAUGAACUACAAUAUAAAUGGACAAUGCAGAGCUGGGUGGGCUUCAUCUCUGCAGAUCAUCACUCCCCUGUGACAUAGAGCUGCUGACCCUAGAUCACUGUUUAGAAGACAUGU